GAGAGAGGUGGGGAUUUGGGUCCCGGGGACAGUCUGUGGCUCUGAGUCGGGGAGGAAGCACGACUCUUUAUCACGUCAUUUGUGUUUAGGCGUUCGGCAGGAAACGGUCUUUCCUCUUGGAUUGUUGCAGUAAGACGGACGCGAUAUUUUCUCCUGCUCAAUGCACCGCUCGGUCCAGACCACGCGAAGACCAGCCAGAAGGAAAAAUGCCUUCUUCGCAAAAAAGUAUCCCACCUUCUAUUUUCCUGCUGUUUCUGGGCGCCCUGGUGCCCCCGAACUCGCGCUGGUCUAUCCACCCGCGCCCUGCCAGUGCGCUACAGAUCCAACAAGCGUUUACAUCAACGAACGAGACCAAUAACUUCGUGGUGGAUGGAGUCUCACAGAGGGUAUACCUGGCCACAGUAAAUGCGCUUUACCAGCUCAACAGCACACGACUUACCAAGGAAGUGGAGAGGCGCACUGGCCCCGUGGAGGAUAAUCCGCUGUGCCAUGCGCCCCAGCUCCCACAGGCUCCCUGUGAACAUGUCAAGACAUCUACGGACAAUCACAACAAGCUCCUUGUGUUUGAUCGCGAACAAGGUGUGCUCGUGACAUGUGGGUCGGUGUACCAGGGCUUCUGUGAGCUACUCAGGAUGGAUAAUGUCUCACAGGUCGCAGUGGAGUUCCCACCUCGCGCUGCCAAAACCGUGUUUCCAAGUAUGCUAAACAUCGCAGCCAACCACCCCAACGCAAGUACUGUUGGGCUCGUCUUUAAAACUCACGGAGGGAACACUCGUUUGCUUGUUGGGGCUACAUAUACGGGGUCUGGAACCCCCUACUUUCCUCAGAAUCACAGUAAAGAGGACCUCCGUUUCGAGAACACACCAGAAAUCGCAAUCAGAUCCCUCAACACUAAAUAUCUCGAUCGACUUUUCACUUACGAUAUCAACCCGUCAGAAGACAACGUAUUUAAAAUCAAACAGGAAGACAAGCAGAAAAACAAACUAAACUUUGUUCACGCGUUCACACAAAAAAAUUACUCGUAUAUAGCUUUAAACAACGACGCAAAUACAGGUCAUAAGGAAAGCCAGCCAAAUAGCAUUUUGGCACGCAUCUGUCUGGAUACAGAAAGUCCUCGUAGAACAUCUGAAGUCCGAAAACUCACCGAGUCCUAUAUCCAAACUGGACUUUCUUGUGGGAAUGGGAAUAUUUACAAGCGGUUGGUGUCAGUUUAUCCAGCUGAUAUCUACUCGGAGCAAACGCAACAGCAGGAGUCUGUUCUCUUUGGCGUUUUUAGCAACUCGGAUAAAAACUCACUCACAGCACUGUGCGCAUUCAGGUUCGAUGACAUAGAGGAGGCCAUACGUCAGGGCCGGAGGAAUUGCUCCAAUGUGCCCAACACUGCCGAUGUACAGGUGCUAGACAGCGUGAUUCAAGGAUCAGGUUCUGUAUGCAUCUCUAAGACUAACAUAGUGCUACAGACAGAGCAGCUUAACUGUGGGGCAGCUCACUUGCAGCAUCCACUGGCUUUGAAGAGGCCCCUGAGGGCCACGCCGAUCUAUGAAUCCCAUGGUCUCAGCGCUGUCGCCGUUGACAAUGUACACGGCCAUACCAUUGUGUUCCUGGGCACCAGUAAUGGUAGACUGCGGAAGCUCGCUCUGCGGGGGGACCUGACAUUGGCCAAACGUCCCUGGUCCCUGAAGCUGCCAGCUAGGGAGCCAGUGCACCACAUCAUGACCUUCGACCCCAAUGACAGGAAUUAUCUUUACCUUAUGACCUCCCAUCAUCUGCUGCGAGUGAGGGUAGCCUCAUGUGCUCAGUACAGCUCCUGCAGUGAGUGUCUGAAUGCUGGUGAUGCCCACUGUGGCUGGUGCACCCUGGAGAGCAGGUGCUCCAUCCAGGGAGAGUGUGGCCACAGUGCCAUGCCACGAGGCUGGAUUGGCAUCGGUGAGGGUACUUUGCAGUGCCCAUCCAUCACUAUUACCCCACCUGAGAUUAGCCACUCUGCUGAUAUCAAGGAUGUGGGGAUUCUGAUAAAUGGGAGUAUUCCCGACCUGCGGGGCCUUGUGGAGUGUGAUUAUGGACGGAGCCUUUCUACCCAUGCCACAGUACACUUGGGCUCAGGUACUGCCCACAUUCAGACCUGUCCCCUCCCUCCAAGAGAAAGCUAUCCCAGAAUUCCAUUCAACAGAGACCACAUAACGGUUCCUGUCACAAUUAAAGUCAACGGUACUUCCCUGGUUUCCGGAAGUUUUAUCAUCUAUGAUUGUGAAAGGACCGGGAAGAUCAAUUCCAAAACUGCGUGCAGCAGCUGCCUGAGUAAUGGGUGGCGCUGUUUUUGGGACGUGGAGAGGGGUGAGUGUGUAUCCGGCAAGGACUCAGCCCAGGGAACACUGCUGGAGAAUUCCACCUCCUGUCCCAGUUUGAAGGCCCAGGAAGUUGUUCCAUUACCCUCUGGAGUGACACAGGACUUCACCUUGGAGCUGCUCAAUGUGGAGCUGGGCGCCGAGCUUGACUGUGAAUUUGGAAAUGGGAGGAGCUACGUGGCUAGUUGGCUACCAGAACGACCAGGCUUUGUGAAAUGCAGUGGAGUAACGUUGAGCACCACAGAGAAGAGCCAGGUGUUUCAGCUGAACCUGAAGCGACGGGACCAAGACAAAUACAUCGACAGCCCUCAGCCUAUUACAGUGGAGGUGUAUAACUGUGGCUCUGGCAGCAGCGACUGCUCUCAGUGCUGGGGUCGAGAGGAUCAGGGUCAUCUGUGUGCCUGGUGUGACAACACCUGUCGUCCGCGUGACCAGUGCCAGUACACACACACACCCUGCCCUGCACCGGAGAUCAGCAAGGUCUACCCCCUCAGUGGGCCUCUAGAAGGAGGAACCCUGCUCACUGUCCAGGGCAGGAACCUCGGCCGCCGGGCAAAAGAUGUCAGGGUCUCCAUCGGGAACGUGCAAUGCUCUGUGCUUGAGGACCAGUACACAAUCUCACAGAGACUGGUAUGUGUGACUGGACCAUCAGAACAGCCGAUGAAGGAUGGCGUGAGCAUCAGUGUGGAGGAGAACUCCAGUGGGUACUCUGCAGAAUCCUUCACUUACCUGGAGCCCAAGGUGCUCUCCAUGCAGCCCACAGAGGGCCCUCGCUCAGGGGGCACACGUGUCACCAUCAUUGGGGAGCAUCUGGACGCUGGAUCCAAUGUGCGAGUGAGAGUCAAUGGCACUCAGGACUGCAACAUUUUGAGGCGCUCUGCUGAUAGUAUUGAGUGUGCGAUGCCAGCAGCAGUCAUUGCAGACAGUGUGUCUGUGUGUGUGGAGUUUGAUGGCAACUCCUGCCAGAGCCUCAGCCUCAGCAGCAACUACAGCUAUGAGACCGACCCCCAUAUCAGCAGCAUCAAGCCCACCAAAAGCUACCGCAGUGGAGGGAGGCCAAUCACAGUUACAGGACAGGAUUUUGACCUGGUGCAGACUGUUUCUAUGGAGGUGGUGGGGGUUGGGCGUGUGGAGUGCUCAGUUCAAUCGCCUUCUUUCAUUUUGUGCCACUCCCCACCCUCCGACCAAUCACGUAAGGCUGAGGCGAAGUUCUACCUGAAUGGGGUGUUAUACGUGGGGGAACGACUCACCUCCUCUCAGUUGGGUCUGGAUGAGGAGGAGGAGGAGGAGGAGGAGGAAGAUGAGCAGGAGGACGAGCCAGGGCCUCACUCUGGGGUCUUCCCAAUGGAGUAUGUUGAAGAUCCUCAGUUCUAUACUGCCUCCAAAGAGAAAGUAAUCAAACACCAUCCUGGAGAGCCCCUCACCCUCAUUAUCACUAAGGGCCCCACUGAGCUUGAGCUGACACAGGAUGAAUACUCCGUGACUAUUGGCUCAUACCCUUGUGACAUCAGCUUCCACAAUGACCAGCUAUUCCACUGUACCCUCAAUGCCUCACUGAGCUCCAGCGAGAAAGAACUUCCAGUCACGGUGUGUGUGGGCAACUUGAGGAGUGUGAUCGCACGUGUGCAGCUGGGAAGCAAAGAGCUGGCUAUAGUCAUCUCCAUUGUGUGCAGUGUGUUGCUGUUAUUCUGCACCGUCGCACUGGUGGUGUACUGCACCAAGAGCAGGAGGGCAGAGCGCUACUGGCAGAAGACUCUCCUGCAGAUGGAGGAGAUGGAGUCGCAGAUCCGAGAUGAGAUCCGGAAAGGUUUUGCAGAGUUGCAAACCGACAUGACUGACCUGACCAAAGAGCUGAACCGCAGUCAAGGCAUCCCCUUCCUGGAGUACAAGCAGUUUGUCACUCGCACCUUCUUCCCUAAAAUGUGUUCAGACUAUGAAAGGAGUCUGGUGCAGCCGGUAUAUGAGAACGACCCCCAGGGUCCUCGUGCAGUGCCCGAGACACACCCCCUGCUUCAGGACUGGCAGGCCUCAGAUACAUGUAAACCAAACAUGGAGGAGGGCAUCACCCUCUUCUCCACUCUCCUGAAUAAUAAGCACUUUCUGGUGACGUUUGUCCACGCCUUGGAGCAGCAGAAGGACUUUGCUGUUCGAGACAGGUGUAAUCUGGCCUCUCUGCUCACUAUCGCCCUCCAUGGCAAACUGGAGUAUUACACUAGCAUCAUGAAGGACCUGCUGGUGGACCUGAUUGACGCCUCAGCCUCCAAGAACCCCAAACUGAUGCUGCGGCGCACGGAGAGUGUGGUGGAGAAGAUGCUCACCAACUGGAUGUCCAUCUGCAUGUACAGCUACCUCAAGGAGAGAGUCGGAGAGCCCUUCUUCCUGCUGUUGUGUGCCAUCAGGCAACAGAUCAACAAGGGUUCCAUUGAUGCCAUCACAGGCAAGGCCCGCUACACCCUCAACGAGGAGUGGCUCCUGCGAGAGAACAUCGAGGCUAAACCACAGAACAUCAAUGUGUCAUUCCAGGGCUGUGGCAUGGACUCUCUGAGCGUGCGUGUGAUGAACUCAGACACCAUCGGUCAAGUGAAGGAGAAGAUUCUGGAAGCCUUCUACAAGAACCUGCCUUUCUCCCAGUGGCCCCACGCCGCGGACGUUGACCUGGAGUGGUUUCCCAGUGGUGGCGGCAGCAGAAUUCUACAGGACUUGGACAACACCUCAGGGAUGGAGGACGGCAGGAAGAAGCUCAACACUGUUCUCCACUACCAGAUUCCAGAGGGUGCUGCUAUGGCCAUGAGCAUGAAGGACAAGAGAGAAAACACACUAGGAAGAGUUAAAGACUUGGACACAGAAAAAUACGUCCAUCUGGUGAUGCCCAAUGACGAGCAGCACGAGAACAAGAGGGGCCACCGCACGAGCCACCGCAAGAAAGUUCUGCCGGAGAUCUACCUGACUCGCCUGCUGUCCACCAAAGGGACACUGCAAAAGUUCCUGGACGAUCUGUUCCAGGCCAUCCUCACUAUGCCGGACGAGCGCCCACCGCUAGCUAUCAAGUACUUCUUUGACUUCCUGGAGGAGCAGGCUGACAAGCGUGGCAUCACUGACCCAGACACCCUACACAUUUGGAAAACCAACAGUUUGCCACUGCGCUUCUGGGUGAACAUUUUAAAGAACCCACAGUUUGUGUUUGACAUUGACAAGACGGACCAUAUGGACGCCUGUCUGUCAGUAAUCGCACAAGCCUUCAUCGACGCCUGUUCCAUCUCAGACUUACAGCUGGGCAAGGACUCCCCCACCAACAAGCUGCUCUAUGCCAAAGAGAUUCCCGAGUACAAGAAGAGGGUGCAGGGCUACUACAAGCAGAUCCAGGAGAUGGCGCCGCUGAGCGAGCAGGAGAUGAACGCACACCUGGCUGAGGAGUCACGGAAAUACAGAAAUGAGUUCAACACCAACCUGGCCCUGACUGAAAUCUACAAAUACGCCAAGAGAUACCGCAACCAGGUGGUGAGCGCUCUGGACUCUAACCCCACAGCACGCCGCACACAGCUGCAUCAUAAGUUCGAGCAAGUCAUCGCCCUGGUGGAGGACAACAUCUACGAGUGCAGCAGUGAGGCUUAAGACCAAUCACGCGCCUUUAAUCCUGGCUUGCCCUGCCCACUGGGAUGACUUCCUCUUAAUGACUCUUUCUGCUGAACGACAGGGGCGGUAAACCGGGGGUGGGGGGGGGGGGGGGGGGGGGGGGCGUGAAACCCAGUUGGAUACUGGACAAGGUCAUGGAUUGGGACUGAAUGUCAGGACAAGGGGAACUGAGAGAUAUGGUCUAGAGGACUUUCCCAUCCCUUCUUCAUCUCUGCUUCUGUUUGUGUGCGUUUAUGUGUGACGGCAUGGAAAUGUCAUGCAGCUGUUACACGCACCUCUCUCACAUGUUCCCCGCUGAUGUGGGUUCCCUUGGGGGGCGGGAGGGAGGGAGGGAGGGAGGGUGGGUGGGUGGAUGGGCUGAUCGCGCUGGAACCCGCGCUUCCACAGCCCUGUUUAAGCACUGACCUACUCUGAGAGAUGUUGAUGCACUGGACUGAACAGUAACUGUCCUCACAGAUAUUUAUGUCUUACUGAGGGGGCAACGCUUCUGUCAUUAUGAACAGUUAUGUUUUUAAGUGAAUUGGCCUAUGGGGCCUCCCCCUCCCCUUUCUUUGUAGUCUGCACUGUUCUCAGGUCUGAUUGUCUGAAAAGUUUUUUUUUUUUCUCUCGUGGUGCUUAAAAUUAAGAAUUGCCUGUUGCUUUUCGCAUACAGAUCCCAUCAUGCUUUGCUUGCUGGUUAGAAGAAAAGGGGAGUGUGUAGAUGUCUGUGAGUGGUUCCUGUGGACUUGUCUGCUGUGGUGUAGGCCCAUAUCUGAGCCAUUGGAGAUUGUGUGCGUGUGUGUGUGUGUGUGUGUGUGUGUGUGUGUAUGGGAGGUUGUAGGGGGGGGCUUUUUAGUAUCAUUUAGGAUUUGUUUGGCCAUAACCUAUUACUAGGUGGCGUGGUUUGUGUAAGAUCUAGAGUACAAAUGGAUGCUUCUUCAAAGAAAGAGGGACAUUUUAUUAAAUAUAACUACUAUGAAGUGCAUUUGUUUUUGUUUUUUUAUUAUUGGAGACAUUGUCAUGCAUUAAAAUCUAAAAAUGA